AUGGCAAAGCCGGGCCGCAACUGGACCCAGGAGCCGCAUGAUAUACAUCUUGAGGACUAUGGGCGAGAAGCGGCGAAGCAUAUUAGCUUCUUGAAUGAUGAUGAGAUUGAGCACGGAUACUAUCCUGAGAGUAUCGACUUCAUCAAGAGGGUUACGGGAGCGACCAGCAUUGUCAUCUUCGAUCACCAUAUUCGUCGCCAUCGCCCAGGCGAGGCACACGAUAACCCACAGAAACUUCAACCAAUCUCCUUGGUUCAUGUGGACCAAACGACUGCGUCGUCCAUUGCUCGUGUUCAUAGGCACCUCCCUUCAACAGAAGCUCUUUCCCUCCUUCGCAGACGCUUCCAAAUCGUAAACCUCUGGCGUCCUAUACCGCAUGCAGCUGUAGAUCGGCCGAUUGCACCAUGCGACUUCCGCAGUGUCGAUCUGAAAUACAUGAAGGCAAUGACCCCAGAAGACUUUGACUCGAUACAAGAUGGCAGUGUGGCAAGGUUGACCCCUCAUACUGGAUUCCAAGACCCGAAAACUCCAGAAGGAACGCCACUUCGGGAAUCCGUCGAGGUGAGGGCUCUGGUAUUCUAUGAUUAG